UUUGUCUCUUCUAGGUCAGUGAACAAUUUCCUGAUGACUGGUCCAAAGGCUUACCUGAUCUACUCCAGCAGCGUGGCAGCUGGUGCCCAGAGUGGUAUUGAAGAAUGCAAAUACCAGUUUGCCUGGGACCGCUGGAACUGCCCUGAGAGAGCUCUGCAGCUAUCCAGCCAUGGCGGCCUUCGCAGUGCUAAUCGGGAGACAGCAUUUGUACAUGCCAUCAGUUCUGCUGGUGUCAUGUACACUCUGACCAGAAACUGCAGCCUUGGGGAUUUUGACAACUGUGGCUGUGAUGACUCCCGGAACGGUCAACUGGGGGGCCAAGGCUGGCUGUGGGGAGGCUGCAGUGACAACGUGGGCUUCGGAGAGGCAAUAUCCAAGCAGUUUGUGGACGCCCUGGAGACAGGACAGGAUGCCCGGGCAGCCAUGAACCUGCACAACAACGAGGCCGGCCGCAAGGCGGUGAAGGGCACCAUGAAACGCACGUGUAAGUGCCACGGCGUGUCUGGCAGCUGCACCACACAGACCUGCUGGCUGCAGCUGCCUGAGUUCCGCGAGGUGGGCGCGCACCUGAAGGAGAAGUACCACGCAGCUCUCAAGGUGGACCUGCUGCAGGGUGCCGGCAACAGCGCUGCCGGCCGCGGCGCCAUCGCCGACACCUUCCGCUCCAUCUCCACGCGGGAGCUGGUGCACUUGGAGGACUCCCCGGACUACUGCCUGGAGAACAAAACUCUAGGACUGUUGGGCACCGAAGGCCGAGAAUGCCUGCGGCGCGGGCGGGCCCUGGGCCGCUGGGAGCGCCGCAGUUGCCGCCGCCUCUGCGGGGACUGCGGGCUGGCGGUGGAGGAGCGUCGCGCCGAGACCGUGUCCAGCUGCAACUGCAAGUUCCACUGGUGCUGCGCUGUCCGCUGCGAGCAGUGCCGCCGGCGGGUCACCAAGUACUUCUGUAGCCGCGCGGAGCGGCCGCAGGGGGGCGCGGCGCACAAACUCGGGAGAAAACCUUAA